UCGCUGACUCUUCCACACACCCUUUCGUCUUCUCUUCAUGCAUCUCUCAAUUAGGGUUCGAAUUCUUUAGGGAAGAUUUGGCUUAUUUUUCCUCUUUUGAUACAUGGAAGUUUUGUUCCUUUUCUCUGGGGUUUCAUUGUACUUCCCACAGAUGUGUAAUUGAAGCAGAAGCGACAGAAGAAGUUGGGGCGGUGUGCGAUUGGGUCCUCAGGUGAAGAUCUGAGGCUUUGAGUUAUUAAAAAUGAGCGCUUCUAGGUUCAUAAAGUGCGUUACUGUUGGGGAUGGAGCUGUGGGCAAAACGUGUUUGCUAAUUUCCUAUACUAGCAACACCUUCCCCACCGAUUAUGUGCCUACUGUUUUCGACAAUUUCAGUGCAAAUGUGGUUGUUAAUGGAAGCACUGUCAAUUUGGGUUUGUGGGAUACUGCUGGACAAGAGGAUUAUAACAGAUUAAGACCUUUGAGUUACCGUGGUGCCGAUGUUUUCAUAUUGGCAUUCUCUCUGAUAAGCAAGGCCAGUUACGAAAAUGUUUCCAAAAAGUGGAUCCCAGAGUUGAAGCACUAUGCACCUGGUGUCCCAGUCGUUCUGGUUGGCACAAAAAUUGACCUUCGGGAUGAUAAACAAUUCUUCAUAGACCAUCCUGGUGCUGUACCCAUCACCACAGCUCAGGGCGAAGAGCUUCGGAAGCUGAUUAAUGCACCUGCCUACAUUGAGUGCAGUUCGAAAACACAGCAGAACGUGAAGGCAGUCUUUGAUGAAGCCAUAAAAGUUGUCCUUCAACCGCCGAAGGCGAAGAAAAAGAAGAGUAAAGGACAAAAGGGAUGUUCAAUAUUGUGAUUCGUUAGCUGUAAACAUUUGAGAGCCCUCUGUUUCUAUUUUUCUCUAUAUUACCCUCUCCUGCCUUCUUCAUAUUCUUCAUUCGUUUUCUCUCUUGGAGGAGUUGAGUCCAUGUGGGUGUUCAUUGGUCUGACGUCUACUUUCUUAUAAUUAUUUUGAACUCUUAA